AUGUCGGAACCUAUAACCACAGUAUACACCACGCCCCCAACCGAGCUCCUGACGCUCCUGAACGCCCACCUCCCGCACUCAUUACCCCUCCUCCGCCGCCUGCAGUUCACUCGCUUCCCGGGCGGCAUCACAGAGCACACGCGCAUCCUUUUCACCGCCGCGCCGGGCGACGCACUCACCUCCACAGCAGAACAGGGCUCCAUCGCAACUGAGCAGGAUGAAAAGGCCGCGCUGACGCUGCUGCCGCCCGAGGCGCCCGUGUCUUUCACGGCGGCGUACCUGGACCUCUCGCGGGGCCCGGAGACGGAGCUGUGGAUGUUCUGCUCGCUCGAAUCCCUCCCCUCGGCCAGCGGCGGCGGCCGGGUGGCCCUGGACCCUGCGGGCCGCGAGGCGUCCGCAUCGGCGGCCCAGGCCGUCGCCCUGCUGCACGAGGUCCGGCGCCUGCGGGACGAGUACCGGCGCGGCCAGCAGCAGCAGCACGCAGAGCUGCCCCGACGGCCGGUCCUGGUCGGCACGCUGGGGGCCCCGCUCCGGGCCGCCCUGCUCGCCGCCGGCUGCAUCCUGCCCUACGACUCGGACUGGGACAAGUGGGUGUUCCGGCUCGAGACGCUGCCGCUGCCGGCGCUGCGCCGGGUCGAGGACGCCAUGGCGCGCGAGGGCCUGCGGUGGGGGAGGGUCCGGCGGGAGGACGUGCCCUUGGUCUUGAGCCGGACCAAGAUCCCCCGGAAGGAGAGAACACUUGUGCUGCUGCCGAGCACGACUAUCACGCUUGACGAUGAGACGCCUAUCGCCUGGUGUUUCCUAGGUCCCGACGGGUCGCUCAGUAGCCUGCACUGCGAGGAGCAGUACCGCGGGCGCGGCUUUGCCAAGGCCGUCGCGGUCAAGAUCAUGCUGGAUCAUCUCCGGGACUACGGGGGCGACGGCUACUGCGCGGCCGAUGUGGCGCCCGACAACGUUCAGAGUCAGGGCGUCUGUCGGAGCUUAGGGGGCAAGAUUUUGUGGCGUUCUUCCUGGAGUACAAUAGACCUGGAUCGACUUCCAGAACCACGGUAG